GACGAAUAGCUUGCGCUCAGUUCAACGCGAAUCGCAGACGCAAGCGGACGUCUUGAAAGCGCGUGCGUGGCAUCAGCUGAAAGUUACACCAGUAUCUCAAGUUAUUACCAAGAUUCUAUACUAUAAAGCGGCAUACACGCGUAGUAAAAAAAUAAAACAAAAAAAAGUCAAAACAAGCAAGCGACAAGCUAUUUUAUCGAAACCUCUAACAACGGCAACUGAUAAAAGAACGCUGAAAAUAGCGAAAAAAAAAGCCAAGAAAAAAAGAAUCUCAAAAGAAUUUCUGUGUAUCUCAUAUCUAGUGCGAAAACUUGUUUUAACAAAAAAAGCAUUUCAGCAGAUUUCAGGCCAAUUAAAUAAUAUAAAUAAAACACGAGUAAACGAGCAAAAAAAAAAAAAAACAAAACAAACGAGAAAAGAGGAAAAAUCAAGUGCAGGAAAAACUCUUCAAGGGCUGUUCAACAAGUGCGCGAGUGUUUAGUAAAUUCUUGCUUUUGUUGUUAUUUUUAUUGUGUCCGGUGCUUAAGUUGCACUUGGCACUUGCUUGACAUUUGCGGCAUACCAGCGAUACAGUCUCUCAGACUUUCAUAUAGACGGAUCUAGAGACGGUAGUAGACAGACUGUCUACGGUCUUGACUCGCUCAUCCAGUUGCCAUUUGAUCAAUAACAUCAGCUACAGAUAUGACAGCGGAGACACUUAAACCGUUUAUAACGCCAACGGGUGUCGUUAAUAAUAAUUUCCCGGCCAAGCAUUCGGCCGGAACGCACUCGCAACGGAAGACUAAACAUGCCGCUCCGAUUGUAUUGGGCAUCAUCGCUGCAGCACUCGUCAUUGGGAUCUUCAUCCUAACCAUCUGGCAGACGGUGCGGGUCCAGCACCUAGAAUCCGAAUUGAAUGGACUCAAGAAAGAUGUGGAAAGUCUGAGACAUCGACUGGGCAUUAACUAUCUGGAGGAGAUGGACGAAUUCCAGAACGAGUACGACCACAGGCUCAUUGAUGAUCCCAACAACGAUGAACUCGACACCAACGAUUACGACGAGGAUGAUGACGACUUGGAUGACAUGGAUACCAAUGUUGAAGACGAUGAUGACGACGACGACGAUGACGAUGAUGAUCAAACUGUUUACAAUGGUGCUGAGGAGGAGAGUUCAAGUAGUGUGGAGGACGACUACGUUGAUUAUCUGGAUUUGAUCAAUCAAGAAACCAAUGGCAAUCACACCAAGUUGCCCCGAAACAGUGCUCAAACUGAAUCUUCAGCCUCCACAUCGUCUUCAUCCAAUGAUGAUAAUGUCUUUGAUGAUUUCACCAGCUACAAUGACUCGAAAAAGAAGAAGGAACGUAAAUCUCGCUCUAUUGCCGACUUGCGUAAUGAGCUGCAGAGCAACGAAGUCACUCAGAAUCAGAACCAAACCGAAGCCAAAACCGAGCAGCAAUUGAAGGAAAACGUUGCCUCGACUGAGAGUCUGCCACAUCAUCAUUCCCAUAAGUCGCAUUCACGGGCUCAUCAUCGUCGUCAUCGCGUUCUGGUGCGCAAAGGCGAAUCUACUGUUUCAGCGAAAUCCGUAGAUAACUAUUCGCGACCAGCUGCUCAUUUCCAUUUAAGAGAUUCUCUUAGACAUGAUCAGGGACACCAGAGUUUGCAAGGCUUAGGUUAUACAGGUGAUAUCUACGUGGGAGAAAUUGCCGAAAGCAUGUACAAUCAGCAAGCAUUUACAGUCGAUAAAGGCGUUUUGAUGGUGCACGAACCGGGACUCUACUAUGUCUAUGCGCAAAUCUGUUACAACAAUUCCUUUGAUGAGAAUGGUUACAUCAUCUUCCACGAGCACACACCAUUCCUGGAGUGCCUUAACACGGUGCCAACAAAUAUGCCAAAGGUUCACACUUGUCACACAAGUGGCCUCAUUCAGCUGGAGCGCAAUGAGAAAAUCCAUUUGCGUGAUAUUCACAGACAACGCAAUGUCAUCUUCAGGAAUCGCAAUAAUCGCAGCUACUUUGGCAUCAUCAAGAUCUAGAAGUUUGUCCAUGGGACGCGGAAGAGUUCAAGCUUUAGUAGUCGAGUGGAGUUGACUACUCGUGAAUACGAAUACAGCAAAAGUAGAUUCCUAGUUUGUAGUCUUAGACUUAGAUGUAACUCAUAAUCGUAUUUUAUCAACACUUAAACAUUAUCCUAAACUUAAUCCCACACAUAAUCAUGCAUAAACUGUCAUAUUUAUUUUGUAUAUACUUUAUUCUAUAACUUGAUAAUUCUAGACAAAAAUGGCCAUAAAUAAAAACAAGAGAAUCUUA